CAAGCAUCACACUUAAAUUUGGGCAUAAAUACUUUAUAUUUUGCUUUUCUCUUUCUUUUUUGUUAUUUUUGCGUUUCUUCUUGUUUGUUCAUUUGCGUCAUUUCCCGGAUCCAAAUUCACUCUCUUCAAACUUGCCCCAUUUCUUAUUUCGUCAUUCGCCUUGGAUUCGUACAAGUGAGAAGACAUCUCUCACUAUAACCACCAAAUCACCACCAACAAAAAGAGGAAUGAUGAAUUUUACCACCAGUCUGUGGCCAGAAAGGCCAAGUCAUUCAUUCGUCGUCUUGACGACCAUCACCGCAACCUUUGCCAUAUUCAUCACUCUGCGAAGAUAUCUGUACCCGAGGCAUCCGAGGAUAAUUCCAGGUCCACUCAAGACCGUCAUCCCGAACCUCACAAAGGAUGAGGUUGCAAAUCUCGACUAUACGCCCGAUUACUUUCCCGGUGCCAGGGAUGUCCAGACUCCGUAUGGAUCCAUGAGAGUAUACGAGUUCGGUCCCACGACCGGCCGCAAGAUCCUCUUCAUCCACGGCAUAUCCACCUCGUGCCAGACGCUGACCAAGCUCGCCUACGGGCUGGCGGCCCGCGGCCACCGCGUCAUGCUCUUUGACCUGUUCGGCCGGGGGUUCUCCGACGGCGUCGGCGACCUCCCCCACGACGCGAGGCUGUACGUCUCUCAGGCCCUCUGCGCCCUCGCCUCGUCCCCCUUGUCCUGGAUGGACGGAAGCACCGGCGGCUUCGACCUGGCCGGCUACUCGCUCGGCGGCGGCGUCGCCGUCCACUUUGCCGCCUCGUUCCCCGCCGCCGUCCGGAGCCUCAUCCUGCUCGCCCCCGCCGGCAUGAUCCGCAAGGAGAGCUUCGGCGCCGUCACGAGGUUCGUCUUCACCGCCGGCCUGGUCCCCGAGCGCGUCCUCGCCGCCCUCACCAGGUGGAAGCUGCAGAAGCCCAUCGCUAGCGCCGCCGCCAAGAGGCCUCGCCAGCAGCAGCAAAAGGAGGGCGAGGCCAAGCCGCUCUUGACGGGCGCGAACGGGCCCAAGGGUCAGGAAGGCAGCAGCAGCACCAGCACCAGCACGGCAACGGUAUCGGAAAAGCCCGAGCGGCAGAGCAACGGCACGAAGCACCAACAACACCAGCACUCGCACAGCGCGACGAACCCCGUCAGCAUGGCGACCUCUGAAACCCAGCCGGCGCACGCCCACGAGUCCGCAGACCGGCUCGAGCGGCGCGUCAUGCGCUACGUGCGCUGGAUGCUGACCAACCACGCGGGUUUCGUGCCGGCCUUCAUGAGCACCAUCCGCGAGGCCCCGCUGAUGGGCCAGGACGACGCCUGGAGCCGCGUCGGGGCCAGCAGGCGGGCCGGCACCACCUGCGUGAUCCUGGGUCAGGACGACGAGAUCAUCGACCCAGAGGCGUACGAGGAGGACGCCCUUCCUCUCCUGGGCGGACGUGCCCAGGUCAGGUGGCGAGUCUUCCCAGCCGCGAGCCACGACUUUCCCAUGACCCACGCCGAGGAGACUUUGGAUGAGCUGGAUGCUUUCUGGGCCGAGUUUCCGGCUGCCGAGGAGUCUAUUGCGUGAUUUUUUUGCAAAUGAGUGAUGGGUUGUGGAUCCUGGGAUUUUUUUUUCUCUUUUCUUUUUUCAUUCUAUUUUGUUAGGAUUGGGGCGUAUUAUGGAUAUUUCAAGAUUUUUACUUUUUUUUGCGUUUUAUCAGUUUAGAAGCAUUACACUUAGCGGGGCGAACAGUCCAUAGACAUACAUCAUACACCAGCAUUUGUUAGAUCAUAUCUUGACCCAAGACAAUCCCAUUUCCUCCUGGAGAGAUGACUGUAUGUCUGUAAAUGACCGCCACUCGCUCUUGGUUUGACCCUUGGGGCUAAGAUUAGUCCCGCUUGACGCCAACCUUGCCAACAUUACGCAGGCCCACGACCGCAACAGCCGUACAAAUUAUCAUGUAGCCAAAUAUGGUCCAGAAGCUGGCGCGAUAUCCCCUGAGUAGGCUGGCCACGUCUGUCUGG